AUUGGAGAUAAAGUAUAGUAUAUGGUACUGGGUUUUAAAAUCUUUUGGCAAGGAUUGAAUAGAGAUUAUAGAUUGUAUUAUUUGAGUGUUAUGCUAAGAUAUGCGGCUUUUAAUAAUUUCAGUCAGUGUCGAUCGUGGGUCAGGCAGUAGCGAACUGUUUGGAAUAGGUCUUAAAAACGGUAGUUAAAUUAAUUGUGUAACUGACAACUCAAUUUUACAUUAAUAAGCUACAAACGUUUUUUCUUAAAUUAGGCAUUAGUUAGACCUAUAGAGUUUAGUUUCACUACAGUCAUCAUUGGAAUAAAAAUUACAUCAGAUUUUCUUUCUCACAUUAUUGGGAUUUAUACCAUAAGGAAGACAAUUAAAAUUGAUUUAAUAAAAGAAUUAAAAGGAACAUCUGUUAAAAAUUUAUUACAUUGUCAGUGUAUUAGAAGAAGAGAACACAGAACAAAAUAUCAAGACAUUAAGAAAAGAAGAAAAACAAAAGGAAUAAUUACACAUAAUGAAUUAAGAAUAUAAUUGAUAUCCUUAGGAAAAAAACACAGAAAAAAACAUAGAAGAUGAACAAAUCACAAAAGCGUACGCUACAGAAACACAACCCUGAACUGGUCCAUGAUCUAGAAUUGAGCGCCGAUCUUGUAGCCAAAUUCAUACACCAUGGACUCUUUAACGAGGACAUGAUUGAUGAUAUUAAGUCUGAGAGGACAAGAAAGGACAAAAUACAAAAACUUCUCUCUCAGCUGCCAAGAAGAGGUCCACGUGCAUUUGAUAUGUUCGUGCACUCAAUUCAAGACAAUUACCCAUGGUUAGCAGAUUCUCUACGCAAAACUCAUCACAAAAUCAGCAUGAAAUCAGAGCCUGAACUGAUGAGCCUGAAAGAGAAGGUUGACAUAUAUGUGCAUGAACAUUUUGGUAACAGUAGAAGACUAUGCGAAGAAGACAAGAAAGAGAUCAGGAAAUUCCUGUAUAAACACCUUAAAAGUCACGCUGAGGAGCCUAUAGACAAUGGAAAUGAUCGAAGAGACAGUAUUCAGAGUGAUAUCAGUGAAGACAUUAAAGCACUCCAAGAAUCACACAAAAACCAAACACAGUUAAAUGAAAAAGAUAUAGAAAAUCAAGUGCUCCAGCGGGUGUAUUCAAUUCUAAAUGGUGUUAAAUUAGAUGAGAUAAAUGAUGGUUUCGAGGAUCUAGAUUGUGUUGAUGGUCCAUGUAUCACGUUAGAAACAAUUGAAAAGAAAGUUAAUCAAAUGAAUAGACAAGUGAAAGACCUUCAAAAUGAAAUUGCAGAUUGUUUUAGUGUACUUGGACUAGAGAAUUGUGAAUAUACAUUAUACGAAGUUCUUGAGGCAUACAAAGAGAAAACAGAUGGUGAAAUGAAAGAAAUGAGAGACAGAGUGGAAGCACUUGAUAGAAGAAGGCGAAAACUUGAAGAAAAACUAAAAACAAAAGAAAAAGAACUUCACAAUUGUAUGAAUGAACUUGCAACUUCAGAGCAUGAGAAUGAAAAAUCAAAAGUGCUACUUAAAGAACUGCAAUCAAAAUGUGAUAAACUUGAGCAAAUACAGGAGAAACACUUAGAAACACAUAAGACAUAUCUGAAAAAAAUAGUUCACGAGUUAACGCCAAUGCAGAGACAAAGCCGCGAGACAUUUCGAAUGCAAAGUGUGUAUGAUGAAGUUGAUGGCAACAUUGUUCCACUUCCAAAUCUAGGUCAAUCACGUGCCUCGCGCACAGUUAGACAAUCAAGGAAAAGUGGAUACCGUGAAAGGUCUAGUUCAAACCAUCAUUCCCUACCAAAGCUUCAAAAUCAGAACUCUAGUUCACCUUGGAAGUAUUGACCUCUUUUAAAUUUGCCUGAAAUGGUAAUUUAUAUAGGUCAAUCAAAAGUGCCAAGAUGUUUUCUUACAAAUAUUCAAGACAAGAAUAAAAUUAAACAAACCUAAUUCCAAUUUCAGAAAUCAGUUGAUCAUACUAUAGAUCCAAAGUAUUAAAAUUGUCAUAGAAAUAAGUAAAUAAAUUGACAUAUUACAUGUAUCAGCAAAAAAAAAAGAAAUAAAGAAAAUAUAGGUAUAUAGUAUUACAUGUCAAACUGAUGACAGUAAGAUUGAAAAUAUGGAUGAGUUUGAUAAUGACAUGGGAAAUGAAUUAAAUGGAUCGUAAAUGUGACUGAUUGAUUGAUUGAUGAUUGAUUGAUUGAUUGAUUAAAUAAAUGGCUUAAUUAUGUAUUAUUCUGUGAUAUAAUAACAAACUCUGUGAUUAUAGUUAUGUGCUAAAGUAUUAGGUUAUAACAGUAUUUUUUUAAGGUCAGGAUAAAAAAGGUAAUUUUGGUGCCAGAAGUAUUUUUUUUUUAUAUCUUUUUUAAAUAUUUUUGCUUCUUCCAUUUUUUAUAUUUGGUAAAAUCUCUGUGAUACAAUAAUAUAGAUAUAUUUAUAAAGUAUGUUUGUUUAAUUUUGGAGAUACAUGAUAAAAUUGUUUGAUUGUUGACUUAUGUUGUUAUGAAUAGUUUAUAUUUUGUUAAGUUUGUUAAUUAUUUAUGUUUUUUUGGGGCCAUAAUAAAUGGAUUAUUAAUGGAUUUCAGCAUUUUUUUCCAAAACAUAAUACUUAAAAAUAUUGCUUCUGAUUAAAUCAUUGGAUUAAUUUUGGAAAUUAGUAUGUACUAAUGUUAUAUACUAUAUCAUGUACUAAUGUUAUACUGAUAUAUUAGGUGAAUAGCUUUAAAGAUCAUUUUUUUUAAAUCUAUUUAUCAAUAAUUAUUGAUUGAUUAAUUUAUUGAUUGAUUGAUUGAUUGAUUGAUUGAUUGACAAUCUUAUUUACUGACUGAAAAUCUGAGACUUAUUUAUUUAUUGUGGCCCAGUAGUGUUUUUUAAUUCCAAGGAAAAUAACAACAUCUGAAUGUGUUAUUUUGUUGUGCCAAUUAUUUUAAAGAAAAAAUUGCAAACUAAUAUACAUAAAGUUUUAAGACUGUUUAGUUUUUUUAAAAAAGCAUCACUUUCAAUUUAUUGAAAUAGGUUAAACCCAUUCUAUAUUUACAAAAUUAAAUGUAAAUUUUAAAUUUUAUUAUUGUCAUAAAAGUUGUACAUUUUUCCGUUUGUUUAACCUUGGCAAACCAGUGAGUGGGUAUCAAAAAGUACAAGGAUUUUAGUUUAGUUUAUAUUUAACCAAGAUUAUAGGUGACAGACCAUCCAAUAAUGGUCAUAAAAUGUAGACAGAAUGACUAAAUAAAACUUUGUAACUGAGAAAAAAUCCACCAAUAACUUUAAGAGCUAAAAACAUUCUAUUCUAAUAAAAUUUUUGCUAUGACUUUUUAAAACAUGAUCAAACAUUUCCUACAUUUUUUUUUACAUUUUUUAACAUUAAACAUUCUCUUAUUGGUUCUGACUUAAUAUUUAUAAACACUAAGUCUGGAUAAAAAAUAUUUUUUUAUAUUUUUAAUAAUAAUAUUCUUAUUAAUGCAUUUAACCGCUAUGCAGAUCUUAAUUUGAGAAGGGUAAAACAUCAAAACUUUAAACAUAAAACUACCUUAAAAGAUUUAGAAAGUCAUGAAUAUUUAUUUUUUGGAAGUCAACUUUUUAUAGACAUAUAAAAAUUGUUGCCACUAACAUUCCACUUUUUUUCUAUGUUCACUGUUAAAAAUAGUGCACAAGAUGAUAUGGAACAAAAUCAUCUAAAAUCAGCACCCAUUAGUGCCAAAAUUAAUGGUGUAAAUUAUUUUUUUAUCACUACUAUCAUUAAAUCAAAUCACCUCAUGUUCAUCCAUGUUUUUUCAUCAUUACUCUAUUAAUUUAUUUUUUAACUAUUUUUUCGUUUCCUUUUUUGGUGGGGAAAGGUGAGGACAAUAAUCUGUUUCCAUCCAACAAAUAACAGUGGGGGAGGGGGGGUCAUAAUUUUUUUCACUUGUUUUUUGUUGGUUUUUUUUACAAAUAUUUUGAUGAUUUUUCCUAUCAAAUAAAUACAUUUAAGCAAAAUCAACUUCCUUUGAAAAAAACUGUGUCCAAUAAUCCAUUAAAGAAUUUGAUUUACUCCCAAUAACUACUAACCACAAAGACUUAUCCCCAUCUUUUGAUCUGAACAAAACCAUUCAUUAUUCUAGGAAAACUUUCAAAAUAUUUACUGACUGAAUAGCAAACAGUGCAGUCCAUGUUCAGAUGGUGUGCCAGCUGAGCUUGGAUCUGUACUGGUUCCCAGCAUGAGUAGAAUCAGAUGCCACUCGAAAUAUCAUAAAUUAUGUUCUUAAAAAUAACAACAAGAAUCUAACAAAUUCAAAAUGACAAAAUUCAAUCAAAUUGCUUUUGAAGAACCUGUUUUUUUUUUAUUCUGCCAUUCACUUCAUUACAACCUGACCAUUUUUAUCUUUUAAACAGAAUCAUUACAUCUAGCUAGUGUGAUCUUCAAGUUCUAUUAUUUUGCUGUUCUGUCUUCUGUGUGUUUCAUUCUUUAAAUCAGAAAUAAUUUAUUUCAUUUUCAUCUUGCUACCCUUUUUGUUAUCAGGAAUCUUAUUUGACAUUGUUCAUUUUUCCUGUCAAAAAGAUAAUUGAGGCUGGUGGGAGAAAAAUGUUUGUCAGACAGUUUCUGUAGAAUAUCAAUUGAUCUACACAUUUUCGCAAAUUUCGAAGUAGUCAAAGUUUAACCCUAUAGAUUGUGUUUUUGUGUGAUAGAUUUCUCCAGUAUAAUGAAUAUAAGACAGUCCCUUUAUGAGACAGUCCCUUUUUCAGGUAUUAUGAACAUAGGUUAGUCCCUAUGUCUGGUAUUAUGGAUAUGGGACAGUCCUUUUGUCAAGUAUCAUGGAUAUGGGACAGUCAGUUUGUCAAGUAUUACGGAUAUGGGACAAUCCCUUUGUCCAGGUAUUAUGUAUAUGGGACAGUCCCUUUGUCCAGAUAUUAUGAUAAUAAUGGUUCCCCUUUCCUUUAUUGAUAUCAGUUCGGCUAAUGGGACAUUCCCUUUGUCAGGUAUCCUUGAGUUCUGUCAGACUGCAGGGAAAUAUGCUGAGAGUUUGUUUAAGAGAUGAUUGAGCUAACUUUGAAAAACAACAAAAAAACAUGACAUCAAAAGAUGUUCACAUUGUAUUUUUUUUUUGUUCCCAUAGUUUUCUAUUUCUAUUUUUUUUUUUCAAGAACUAAACAAAAUUUUAAUAUCUUUAACUAGUAACUAUGUCAAUUGAGAAAAGGAAUAAAUGACAUUAAAAGUUAGUUCCUCAUGCCAAUAGUGAUAUGUAAGCACUCAAACAAAAGGGUUAAACUUUACAUUAUGAUAGUUAAGUGUAGAUAUAUAUGGAUAUUUAUUAUGCUUGAAGAGAUCUCAUGAUUUGAGUAACACAACUACUACAACUUUUCUAUCUAUUGUGUGAAAAAAGAAUUAAAAAAUCCUGUUAAAAAGAA